GCAGAAGCCACGGCUAAAGAAGUCAGUUACCACAAUGAAACUCGCCGUAAUCCUCCUCUGCCUAUUUGGGGCCGUUCUUUCGGCCGAGGUCUACACCUCAAAGUACGACAACAUAGACGUGGAUAAGAUUCUAUCAAAUGACAGGAUCCUAACACAGUACAUCAAGUGCCUCAUGGAGGAGGGCAACUGCACGAACGAAGGAAGAGAGCUCAAAAAAACGUUGCCAGACGCUCUCGCUACCGGAUGCACCAAGUGCAGUGACAACCAGAAGACCCAGACGGAAAAGGUCAUCAGGCACCUGAGCAAGAACAGACCCCGCGACUGGGCGCGGCUCAAGAGCAAGUACGACCCGAAGGGCGAGUACAGCAAGAAGUAUGAAACGAAGUUCCAGUAGAAGAAAAUAUCUAAUUGAACUAUUUAAUAAUUUAAUUUAUAAAAAACCUAAAAUUUAAUGUAAGAUGGUAAAAUGUAAUACCUUUAGUGAUAUUAAAAACAUUUCCUAAAUAAA